UUUAUAAAUCUUAAAAGAAAGAAUAAUAAUUAAAAAAACAAAAUUAAGACAAUAAAGCUUGUCAAUAAAUAUAUAUUAUAUUUAUAUAUACAAAGACACUCAGUCAAGUAAUUAAAUAGUCUAUUAUUCUCUGUUUUCAUAGAAGAGUAAGAAAGAGCAGGCAAGCAGCAUUUUUUAGCAGUUAAACUUCAUAUCUCAAUAACAAAUAAGAGCAGAAAGAUGUACUCAAUUCAAUUCAUGGAAGAAAUAGAAAAGGAAAACUUCUCAAACAGCGGCCAAAUUAGUCCUAUUUCUAUGAAUUUCAACGGAGUUGCGCAAAAAAAUUUUUCUUAUUACAAUAAGGACAACAUAGAUUUAAAUAGGUUCUUCGAAAAAAUGACCUUUUAGGACUUGUACAAUGACUUCGCUGAGGAAAAUACACCUUAACACUCAGGCAGUCUACAAUCUUGUUCCAGCUCCAACUAACCUCAACAAAUAAGCUAGAAUUGUAAUACUCCUAACAACUAGAUCACUUAAACUUCUUGUUAAAUGCCCCUUUAAGAGUUCACAAAUAACUACUAAAAUAUGAAUUAUCGCUAAAAAAUUUAAUUAUAAAGCUAAUCAUCCUUCUGCUCUUCAGCUUCUACUAACUCCUCUUAAAUAUCCUCUUUUGGGUCUGCAGCAGCAUAUUAAGCAAACCCUUUUAGUAAUAUUACCAACAUCAAAGGCAAUAAUUGCACUGUGAUUACUACUUAAGGAAACACUCCAUCUCAUUUCAGCCAUCAACACGCUGCAAACCAACAACUUCUACAAAACAUUCCCUUUAAUAAGCAAACUUCAUUUAAAGUGGAGAAAAAAUAGACCAAAUAGCUUAGAUUGAAAAAUUCACUUGAUGAAUUUUUUGCUCGUCCACUUGAUUGCAAAUUCUAGUAGAAAAUAAUGUAUUAAAAUACAUGCCCAUAUAUUAUCCCUAUGAGUGUAAAUUCUAUGUAAAAUUAUAGUGAUCAAUUCUGCAACAACAACAAUAGCAAUAAAAACAACGGCAACAAUACUUACGAUCUUUUCUCUAAUUCAACUAACAGCAGCAGCUGUUUUUCAUUAUUUAUGAGCCAGUAAAACAGCCAAAGCUUCUCAGAAAGUGAAACAAACUCAGAAUUCUCUGUUUAUUGA